GGUUCUACGGAGUGGGGUUACCAAGGAGACUGAUGCCGCCAUUCAAACCGCGCAGCUUGGCAUGCUGGGAAACAUUUCCCAUCAUGGCGGGUCAGUAGCUCUGCUAACGUUAGCAUAUUCAGAUAUUGUUUGCUUUCGCAUGUUGCAGGAAGCCCGUGACCUGGACCAAUCUUCUUCUUAGAAACGGCAAACAGCUUCUACAACCGGGGCAAGGAAGCAACAAAACCGUGGCAUUAGUUUUUAGCUGAAUCAAGAAGAGGAGCGUCAUGGAAUAUUCAGUGGACAUACCAACAGGUGAAGAUGAGACUGUUGAAAAAGAUGACAUAAAUGAAGCAAAGGAGGCACCCUCCAAGAAAAACAAAAAGCACAAGAAACACAAAAGCAAGAAAAAGAAGAGGAGAAGGAAAGGAGAAAGGGAGAGCAGCUCAGAAACUGGUGCUGAGUCUGACACUGAACCACAACCUCCACUACGACCUGUCCGGACCACCAGAGCCAGUGCCAAAUUAGCAGCAGCCACAGGAGCUGGAGAUCCUACUGCACUGAUGGAAGAGAGUAAGAAAAAUGUAAAUGAGAGUGAUACAAAAUAUAAGAAACACAAAAGACAUGCAGCCAAAAAGAAGAAAAAGAAGAGGAAGAAAGAUGAGAAGCCAGAAAAGAAAUCCCCAUCUCGCUCUGCAUCUGAAAGCAGCUCUGCCUCAGGCUCUGAAUCUGAGGGUGAAGAUGUUAAAGGAGCUUGUGAUAGUAAAUACUCUCCAGUUGCUGUGUCCCACCAACAAGAACCAGUGUCCAAACUGGGUUUAAAAAGCAAACAAGGAGAUGAGAAAGAAGUUCCCAUACUCUCACAGACACCUGAACGUCCUGGAGUUAAGAAAGAUGAAAAUGCAAAAACAGAUGUGUCACCAAGUGAAAGAAAGGACAGCAACACCAAUGGAUCAGAAAUGCUUCCUUGUCCAGGUCUGAAUGAGGACACCAACACAGAUGCAGGACGUGUUAAGCUGGAGGCUAGUCAUGACCAUGGUACGUUUAGCCAUGCCCAAGAACUGCCCGACAUCAUCCCAAAACAGGAAGGGGCUAAUUCAAGAGAUGACUGCAGCGUAAAAGAGAACACCAUUUCAGUUCAAAGGUCAAAUAUCACAGAAAUUGAUAUUCCUAUGCCCAAGUCCCCCUCCCCUCCAAGAGAAAUGGACAUAAGAAAAUCAGGGUCGAGCCACAGUCGGUCACCAACACCUAUAAGGCAGCAAUCUAGUGGUCAAACUUCUUUAGCAACAAUGACAGAGGAGCAUUCAAGAGCCCAUUCCAGGUCACCUUUAAAUGAAAAACAGCCACCCGCUCUUCAGAGAGAGAAGUCAACCUCUGAAUCCCCUAAACCCAGAAAAAAAUCUCUGUCCCCCUUGCCUAAGUCAAAGAGAGCUGGCUAUAGGUCAAGGUCUGCCUCUCGCUCCCUUACACCCAAAAUGAGGGUAACAGAUUCCCCAAGGAAGUCAAAGUCUCCUAGAAGACGAAAGAACUCCAUAUCUGUCUCCCCAAAAAGACGUAGGAGUCCCUCUCCAAAAAAGGUUUCACGGUCUCCCAGACGUGGAGGUCGUAGGUCUCGCUCCAUGUCUCGAUCGCCAAGAAAAAAUCGGAGGUCGAUAUCGCGCUCCCGUGGCACUAGGCGCUCAAGGACCAGAUCUCCCAAAAGGGGGGCUGCCGUUGGUAGGCGCUCACGGUCACGCUCCAUUACUAGAACACAUCGGUCUCGCUCAAGAUCUAGACGGCCAGUUCGUCGCUCUCGGUCACGGACACCAGUAAGACGAGCAGGUGGGCGGCGUUCCAGGAGUCGAUCCAUGUCUCGUCGUCGUAGAUCCCCACCACCAAGAUCUCGUCGCUCCCGGUCAAUCCGUAGGAGUAGAAGGACUCGGUCACGUUCCAUAGGAGCUGUUAAACGCAGCCGUCGCUCAAGGUCAAGAAGCCCCCGCAAACGUUCCAAAUCCAGAAGCCCUCCUCCCAGGCGUCGGUCAAAAUCCCGGUCACCAGUCAAAAAGCAUUCAAGGUCUCCUGCAAGGAGGACACGUUCUCCAAGACCAAGCAAACGCUCCCAAUCACGUUCAUUGUCUCGAAAACGCAUGUCAAAGUCACAUUCACCAUUGCCUGGCAAAAGGAGGUUUAAAUCUCCUAAGAAGACAGCAAAAAGAUCCAAGUCAAAAUCCCCCUCACCGUGCUUGGACAGAUCCAAAUCCAGGUCGGUUUCAAGUGAUAGGCAGUCAAAUAGCUCUUCUCCAGCCAGAUCUACAUCAUCGUCUCCUAUUAAAGAAAAGAUUCUCCCUCCAGACCCUGAGGCUACAUCUGAAAAGGCUGAAGGACUUUCAGUUCCCACAGGUAGCUGGAAGCCUUUGGCUUCAGCUGAUGACAGUCCCAAAAUAGGCAGCUCUUCAAAUAUAUUUCCAGAACAGUCUGCUCCCAACCACGACUUGGUUCAGAAACAGUGUCCUAACUCAUCAAUUGAACGAGAAAUAUCUAGGUCCAGGUCUGGAUCACAUGAGAAAGACCCUGAAGGAUCAGCUGGUUCAGACGGUUCUGUUAAAGAUGAUGAUUCUUCUCCUCCAGCUAAAACAACAACCAAAUGCCACAGCAGCUCUUCGGUCUCACCAUCUCCAAAGGUGCAAAAAAAGCAAUUGUCCAAGUCACAGUCACCAGUGGAUGAAAGAAAACUUUCACGCUCAACGCCAUCGCCUCGAAGAUCACCGUCUAAGUCAAAAUCCAGGAGAAAAGAAUCCAGAUCCAAGACUCCCUUGAGGAAAAGAGAGUCUACUUCCCCGUCAGAAAAAAAGAAGCGGCGGUCUAAAUCACCUGCCCGGAGGAGGCGCUCUCGAUCUGUCAUACGGCGUAAGCGUUCGCACUCCAAGUCACGAACCAGAGUGCGACGAUCCAAGUCACGAAGUCCAACUAGGAAAAGGCGAUCCCGAAGCCGUUCAACCAACACUCGAGGAAGGAGAAGAUCAAAGUCCACAGACAGAAACAAACGAUCCAAGAGCCGAUCUACUGGCCGGAGAAAAAGGUCUAGGUCUGGAGACAGAAGCAGGCGGUCCAGGUCUCGUUCUUCUGAUCGCAGACGCAGGUCUAGAUCGAGAGGUCGAGGAAGACGCCCAGUGUUUCGUAGUCGUUCAUUUGACAGAAGAGACAGGUGGAAAAGGGAACCAAGCCAUUCUCCAGUUCUCAUACUCCGCAAACAACGUCGCUCAGGGUCUCGAACAAGGCGUAGCACCAGUAAAAGUCCGCCACGAUUAACAGAACUAGAUAAGGACCAACUGCUUGAGAUAGCUAAGGCUAAUGCUGCUGCUAUGUGUGCUAAAGCUGGAGUUCCUAUUCCUGAGAGUCUUCGGCCCAAAGCCAUCCUCCAGCUUCCUUUACCUACGCCAUCUCCUACCCCCCUCUCCCUGCCACUCCCAUUACCCCUCCCAAUGGGAAUGGGUAUGCCCAACAUGGGUCCAAUGGGCUUACCCAAUAUUCCAGGAAUACCUAGCAUGUCAAACAUGACCAUGAGUGCAGCAAUGGCAAGUAUGACAGCAGCUACUAUGACGGCAGCGUUGACCAACAUGGGUGCUCUGGCGGCAAUGCCCCCACUUGCCCCACUUCCUACCAUCACAAACAAGCCUCCACCAUGCCUUGCUCCACCAGCACCAGCCCUUAACCUGGAUCACAUUGAGGAAGCAAAGAGGAAGGUCACUCAACAAGCAAAUAUACACACCAUUAAGGAGCUCACUGAGAAAUGUAAGAUGAUUGCGAAUAGCAAGGAGGAGAUGGCCAUUGCUAAGCCACAUGUCUCGGAUGAUGAAAGCUAGUGGUGCCAAGUCUUUGGCCCUGUCAACAAGACUGAAGGAAAAAGUAAAACAUGCGCAACAGGAAAGUGUUUCCUUUGCCAGCCUGGUAGACCCUAGAUAAGAUUAGUAUCCCAGUCACCACAGUUGUAAUAUAGAGAGCACCAGAACAUGCCAUUGCCCUUUCUCUCCCCAAUUUUGCUCGUGUGACAUGGUGUAAAUGGCAGCCUGUAACCUCUGAUACCACUGAGAGAACUGGACAUACCAUAAACAUGUAUGCACAGUUUUUGGGCUGUGUGUAAAGUGUGUGUGUGUGUGUGUAUAUAUGGACUUUGGCCACCUACCCCUCACUGUUGCUGCUGGUUAAAGCAGCCUUUGUUGCUGAAGAGAAAACGAACCAAACUAACUAGUUGCUUAAGUGUUUGUUUUGUAAAAGAUCACUUUCUCUAAAUUUAUUUUACUAUUAUGCUUUUAUGAUUGGGGUGGUUUUCAGAUUGCUUCUUUGUUCUGCUGUAUUCUCUUGGUUACCUCUAGUCUUCAUUUUUACUAAUAAAUAAUGCAGAUGUCGUUCUGCUAGGUCCUCACUCAUGAUUUGUUUUCCUAUGUCUUGGUCUCACUGAAAAAGAGCAUCAACGUGUGCAUUGUUCUGUAACAAGGUGCCAUAUCUAUCUGUUAUGAUAGAAGGGAAUUUUGUUUUAUUCAAAAUAUUGCUUUGAGUUUUAGCCAUCAAUCAGAGAUGAUUUAAAAAUUGUCCUUUCCUGGGUGUAAAUUUUCCCAUUGUUUGAUUUGGACUAAAGUAUUGCUUUUCUGUCUUUUUCAUCUAUUAUCAUUUAAAUGAUAAUUUCUUCUUUCAUCCUAAUAUACAUUACAGGUUAUUGUUUUUUACAAUGUAGGAUUUUAUUUUAUACUUGAUGAAACAUUUGAAGCUUUCCACAGUUGUUGGAUUGGUUUGUUAUAUUUAGCUGUGUGAUAAUUAUCAUUACAUUUGGACCUUAAUGAAAGACUUACGUUAUACUUGAAGCUAAAAAAAAACAAAUGUGAAAAUACCCAAUUGGUUUUUAGAGUUGAAUGAAAGCAACUUCUGGUUUUCCUAGGUGGGAAAAUAAAUUAUUUUCUGUCAAAGAUGUUUAAUGAGAACACAGUUUAUACCAUUCCCACUAAUAUUUACACAUACCUAGCUUUAUUAAACAGAAGCUGACCAAUUUCUUGUAUUGGUUUAGAGAAAGUGAAAAGGUGAGAGUUUUUGGCUUUGACCUUGUUUGUCUUGGACAAUCACAUAUUGUCCUGGCCUUUUCCUCCGUUUUUCACCCCCUUGUAUCUAAUGUUAUCUCUUUAUCACUGAUUCAAGGUGAAUAAUUAUUAAAACAAUCUCUUAAGGCCUUCACGGUUAAAUUAUAUGGUUGACAUGCACUCUGUCCAAUGGUGAGAGCUUUGUGAUGCUGCCGUGAUGUUUUCCACUAACAAGUGAAACUUGGUUUUUAAAAACUGCCAGACAUCAUACAUUUUUUAGAUUUUGUAAAAUCUUGCACUUGUGACCUUUUUUUUUCCCAAAACAAAUUUAAAUAUUCCUGGCUUCUUCCUCCCUUGUCAUUUUCUACACCCAGUACUGCUGGACUGAGAAAGGGUUUGUGAAACUGUACCUAUAUUUACUUUCUCUCAAAGACAUUGGACUGGACUGAUUCCCUGCAAAAAAAACAAAAAAAAAACCUCUUUUAAUGAGAAAAGAAGAAAAUACGUUUUAGCAUUCAUUUUGGUCAUUUCAAUACUGCAUUGCUUGCUUUGUACAUAAACGUAUUGACGAUUAUUAAAAACCUCAAUGAUCUGUAGUAAA